UGGAGAUUGAGCCAGGCUGUUCUGUAAUAUUUCCUCGAAUAUCGACAUUUGAUCUGCCGUGCUCUGGGCGUAGAUAACAUAAUAAUUGGCGGGGCAACUUCAACGCAACAUGCCUGUGGACAAUCGAAUUGAGGGCAGACUGGCCCUGAUCACAGGUGCUUCAGGAGGCAUCGGUGCCGCCUGCGCUCGCGAUCUUCUUGCAGAAGGCGCCGCACUGGCACUGACGUAUUCGUCGAACAAAGCGUCGCUCGAUCAGCUCAUCCAAGAGCUGGAACCGGCCGCCAAUGGCCGCAAGAUCACCGCGCACCAGGUGAACAUGGCCUCCGACGAGGACCUUCAUCGCCUUUUCGACGAACUUCAGCAACAGCACGGCCAGGCAGGCCCCGACAUCCUGAUCGCAAACGCUGGUCACGGCAAGGCCAUUCCGAACAUUCUCGACAUCGAUGUUGACGAAUUCGACUACACGAUCCGCGUCAAUCUCCGCGCCAACUUCGUCCUCUCCAAGCUGGCCGUGCCGCAUAUGCAAGCGCAGCAUUGGGGCCGCAUCGUGUACAUAUCCAGCAUCGCCGCCGGCGGCACCUCCAUCAACGGCUGCCACUACGCUGCCAGCAAGGCGGGGAUGCAAGGGUUGAGCAAGAACCUCUCCGCUAAGCUCGCGAAAGAUGGCAUCACCUGCAACGAUGUGGCGCCGGCCAUGAUCACGGGCACGGGGAUGAUCAAGGACGAGGAAUCUCUCAAAGGCACCGUCGGCGAUCCGAAGAACAUCCCCGUCGGCCGUUCGGGUUCGACACAGGAGAUCGCCAAUGCCGUGACGAUGCUGGUCAAGACUGGUUACAUGACGGGACAGAGCUUAUUGAUCGCAGGCGGACUGAAAUAAGAGGGAUUCGAACGGUCGUUCCAGUAGAAGAAUGGAUGAGCCCGAUCUCGAUCCUUGACUGUUAUCUAACUCCGCAGAUACUCGAGCACUUUUGGUCCCCAUACCACCUCGCGCUUGUAGUAUCGAAAUUCAGGCACAUUCCCCUGACCG